AUGAAUGAAGAUCAGGUGAAAGAGAUAAUCCAAAGAUGGAGAAAUACUCAAGAAGACGAUCUGAAGCCUGAGGACUACCAGCAGUUCAAGACUUUGGGAUCUGCCAGUCUCAGUGAGGGUGAAAGUCAACAGCUCUUAAAAUUCAUACAAGAUGAGAAAAACCAGGUUAUUGUGAAAUCUAUGGGCUGUGUUAUAUUGGCACCUCUUCUAAACGAAGUUGUAAAAAAAGCUAAAGGUCUGGAUCAAUACCAAGCUGCCAUCACACAUAUGACCAGGACUUGCAGGCCAAACAAACUCCUGGAUUGCAUGCUUGAAAUAAUUGAAGGCAUUGAUCCAGGUGCCAUUUCCGAGACAAUCCUAGCCCUUCUUCCGCAUCUUCAAUCAGGUAACACAACUAAUCAUGCAACAGUACUACCAACCCAAAAAUCAUCAACCUUACUUCUCCGGUUGGAUGAGGGGAAGGCAGCCUGUGUGGGCUCGACUCUGUCGGCCCUGCAGAAGCAGCUGUCCCGGCUGCCUGUGCCUUACACGGAGCAGCAGGAGGAGGCUGAUGAGUACGGCCUGUGCCGCUGCAGCGCUGCCUUGACUGUGUUCACAGAACCUUUUGUGGAGGAGGUGAAGCGGACAGACGGAAAUUGUGCUGCUACAGCUGAAGAUGAGGAGCUAAAGAUUGAGCUUCUGAAGUUCUGCAUGAGGAGUUUGAGAGAGCCUUUGCUUGAGGCUGAACUGAAGCACGACAGAAGAUCACCAUUGUGGCUCUUUGCAGUAGAGAUAAUGGUCACACUUUCUGCAAUCAAAGAGCCUCUUCCGGGGCUCUUAUUCUUCAGCUCACUGAGGAAAAACAUCCUGAUGGACAAUAAUCAGUUCAAGGAGGCGAGAGCAUGUCUGGCUUAUCUGCUGUUUGUUCAGCUCAUUACCAUUGACAACUUUCCAGCAGUGUUCAGCCAUGUGUUUAUUCUCCAGUGCAACAUGGAAUACAUCAGUCAGCUGCUCAGCAGCAAAAAGGAAUCACAUUUGCUCAAAGGAUUGGCGCUGUUCACAAAAAGCUUGGAGCGUGUGCAGGACAACAGCCUCCCAGUGAGUCUGCUGGAUCUGAAGAGCUUCUACAGUGUGACACAAAACCUGCGGCGAGUUCUUACCGACUGCCCAAUACAGCACUUGAGAGAAUCGGGCCUGCAGGUUUUCCAGGUAUUCAUCAAUAAAUUAGAUGCAGAAGCAAAGCACAAAUUCUUCAGGUGCAUGUUAAAAACCAGCAAUCACGCAGGUAUAGAAAGUUAUAUAAUCAAGAACAUCAGGAAUCAAUUUGAACUUUCUAUGAAGUGGGGUAACGCCAAUGAGUGGUUCUUGGGAACGGAGUUUAUUUCACUGAUGACACUGGUGCUGUGCUUGCCACAAGGUGCUCAGACAGAUUUGCUCAGAAGUAUGGACAAGGUAAUGGAGAGCCUAAAUCUGCUACGCUAUGUUCUUAUCAGAGACGAAGAGCUGAGAACCAAUAAAGAUGUGUGGGAAGAGUUGUGCAGGAUCAAAGAGGAAUACCUAAAAAUGCUGCGUGUAUGUAUCAGCAUAUCAAGAGCGUAUUAUUCCUCUGAACUGAAAGCACUGAGGGAGGACCAAAAGCUAAAAGCAAAAGAAGCCAGAGAUGCUGCUCGACCCACUAAAUUAGUCAAAAGCAUCACAGUAAGGAAGGAGAAAGUGUCCAACAUGUCCCCGGAGGUCCAGCAUCAGGUGCUGCAGAGUGCUUUGGUGACAUUUGACCUCAUGGAGAGUCUUAUAGUCCGAAUCGAAGAGAUCACAGAGGAAAAACGGAACAAACUAAACUGAGGCUCUGAAUUCAGACCCUUCAAUAUUUUUCUAAAUAUAUCUUUAUUUGGUUUGCUUUGUUUGACUGAAUAAAGUGUGUGCUUAUAUACAAGAAUGUAUACAAGAUGAUACUAUAUACUGAAAUGUCUGCCUUUCUAUUUUCAGCACAUUGGGCUCGUGCUGGUUAGCACUAAAUAAAACAUGUCGAAUCACC